AUGAGUGCUAUCUUAAAAUUUAUCCGUGAAAACCAUAUUCUGGCGGUCAUAGAACAGGCUAUCGCGAAAAAGAAAUCCCGUUUAAGUCUAAAUUCGUUUGAAAUAACUGAAAUACCUUCCCUUUUAUACACUUGCCUCGAUGUUGAACAUCUUUAUCUACAUAUUAAUAAUAUACAAACAGUUCCAGUGCAGAUCACUCAGCUGCUAAACUUGACCACUUUGACCCUGGAUUACAACAACAUAAAUUCAUUGCCGGCGGAAAUCGGUAACUUGAAAAAUUUAGUUAAUUUAAACAUUAGUUACAAUCCUCUGAAAGUAUUGAUACCUGAGAUUGGCGAACUCGAAAAUCUGGAGGCGUUCUGGUGCAACAGGAUACAAUUGAAAGAAUUGCCGAAGGAGAUUGGAAAAUUGUUGAAAUUAGACACUUUGGGCGCCCGAGGAAAUGAGUUGAAAACAAUUCCUGAAGAAAUGACCAGGCUUACAAAGUUAAGGUGGUUAACUCUAGAACACAAUCAGAUAGAAACUUUGCCAUCGGGUUUAAGGAAUAUGGAAUCUCUGGUUCAUUGUAAUCUCCGACAUAACAGGCUGAGAGAGUUCCCCGACGACUUGUUGGAAUGCAACGACUUGAUGUUCUUGCAACUAAAUAAUAAUCAGAUAUCAAGUUUACCAGAGGGUUUCAAUACAAAUGCUAUGCCAGUGUUGGAAAUGAUUGAUCUUAGACACAAUCCAAUAUGUCAAAUAACUCAUUUGGAACAUCCUUUAAUCCGUUAUACCGAGGAACUGCCAACAAGUGAUAUAGUCCAAGAGCUGCCGUCAUCAAGUAGUCGAGGCCACGUGGUGCCUCACGGAGCGCAAGCCUUGGCUGUGAAUGCGACGGCUCUUAGACUACCCGCCGUGCCCGCGAUAAGACAUCCCGACCCGCUCAUGAUCGACAUGGAGUUAGACGCGUCAUCAAUAGAAUCAUCAGAAGAUUGGGAGAAUAGUGUCAACAGUUCGGAACUAGAUGUUCAAUAUCAAAGCGAUGACGAACGAAUUGAUAACGAGAUCGCGCGUUUUUUUCAGGCGGUCGGCAUGGUGUUGCCAGAACUAUCGCGAUACGCGUCAACUGCAAGCUAA